GCUGCUGCCCAGGCCAAACUGGUGGCCAUGGCAUUGAGCAGGCAAGCCAAAAUUGAAAGAUACAAGCAGAAGAAGGAACUGGAGAACAGGUUGGCCUCUAUGAGAAAUUCUGUGGACAGCGGGCAAGCAGAUGAGGAGCAGAUACGGAAAUUUUAUAUACUACAAACCCAGAAAUGGAUCAACACCAGCCUGGAGGAAAUUGAAAGUGUUGACCAAGAAAUAGUCAUAUUGAGGAGCAGAGGUACAUCUUCAGCACCAACACGCGGUACUUCUCGGCAAGUCAGGCCUCCAUUGAAACCUUUCGUUCUCACCCGGGAUGCUGUGCAGAAUGAAGUGUUUGGUGCUGGUUAUCCCAGCCUGCCUGUGAUGACUGUGGAUGACUGGUACGACCAGCGCAGAAAGCAAGGAGUGGUGUCUGGUCAGAGCAUGCCUCAGAGAACACCAGCAGGUCUAACUGAUGAAGAGUUACAGAAGCAGGAGAAAAAAGAGGAGGAGGAUGACGAGGAAGCUCUUCAAAAAGCUCGGAACUGGGAUGACUGGAAAGACACACACCCAAGAGGCUAUGGCAACCGGCAUAACAUGGGCUGA